AUGCCAGAGGCACAAGCAGCCGCCGCGCCGCCCGAGGAGGGCAAGAGUCUCGUCAAGUCCAUUGUGCAAAGCGUGGGCCUGUUCCUGCUCAUUCAGGGGGGCAUGAAGUACUUCAUGCCCCAGACUGCCAAACCCGCCCCCGCCGUCAACGAUCCCGCGCAAACUGGCUCCGUCGCCGCCGUCAAACCAGCUGGCAAUGUCGUGAUUCCCGCAUGGGAGCAGCGCCCACAAUCUCUUGACCCUGGUGCUCAGUACAGCCACAUCCCAUAUGCUGUCGCGCCCAUGUGGCCUGCCGGCACUGAGAUGGACAUCGCCAUGUACAUCUCCUCGUCCGUCGCAAUGCCCCCACUCAAAUCGAUGCCUAAGGACUCGCUGUUGAUUGAGGAGAAGAACUUCAAGUUUGGAGACUACAAGGAGAACAGAGAAAUCCAUACCGAGUUCAAGGUCCCAAGCGAAGUGCAGCAUAAUGCUACUCUGCUUGCUCACUUCUACGUUGCGCAGAGUGGCAGCGUGCUCGAUCCCACGCAGCCCGGCUACGACAACGGCAAGGCCUACCACUUCAUCCGUCCAUUGUCCCAAUACCAGCCCAAGAAGAAGAUCGCGAAGACGAGGAACUUGCUGAGCGAUAUGCCAGAAAGAGCCGAGGUGGAAACCGAGGAGGAGAAGAAUGCGCCAAAGAUUGUAUCCUCCUACUACCAUCCCAACUUCACCGUCUCGCUGAUCCCCGACGCGGGUACUUUGCAGUAUGCCGCCAUGCACCCCGGUCCCAGGCGUUUCAUCACACUCGAGGCUACCGGCGCACGAGAUGCAAGUGGUCAGAACACCUGGUACUAUCCCAUCGUAUUCACCAACACCUUCUGGCAGCUCAAGAAGCAUAUGAUCGAGCUGAACGAUACCGUUACAACCCUUCCGCUCAACGUAAAGCUCAACAACCUCGCCCACUGGAAGUACAAUAUCUUCGCGGCUGUUGACGAGAACCUCAACGCCAACGCCAGGGCUGCAGCUGCAGGUCAAUCUACCCCCGGAGGUGGCGAUGGCUCUGAGAUGGAGAUGUUCAAGGAAAUCCUUAUCGACAGCAACUCAUACCUCCUCGCCAUUACCGCGGUCGUCUCCAUUUUUCAUAUGGUCUUCGAGAUGCUCGCUUUCAAGAACGAUGUCCAGCAUUGGCGCAAGAAGAAGGACAAUAUUGGAACCUCGGUCCGCACCAUCGUCGCAAACGUGUUCAUGCAAGCCAUCAUCUUCCUCUACCUCAUCGACAACAACGAGAAUACAUCCUACAUGAUCCUAUUCGGUCAGGGCAUGGGCAUGGCAAUCGAAGCAUGGAAGAUCACCAAGUCGGUCAACGUGCGCAUCCGCCAAACAAUGCCUGGCUCCCUGCUCCCCUACACCAUCGCAUUCGAAGACAAGCACGUCCUGUCCGACACGGAAAAGAAGACAGAAGAAUACGACGCCGUCGCAUUCCGGUACCUCUACAUGGUCGCCGUGCCCCUACUCAUUGCCUACGCCAUUUACUCGCUCAUGUACGAAACCCACAAGUCGUGGUACUCCUUCAUCAUCACCACGCUCGUCGGUUCCGUCUACGCCUACGGCUUCCUCAUGAUGGUCCCCGCCCUCUACAUCAACUACCGUCUCCAAUCCGUCGCCCACAUGCCCGGCCGCGCCAUGACAUACAAGUUCCUCAACACCUUCAUCGACGACCUCUUCGCUUUCACCAUCAAGAUGCCCACUCUGCAUCGUCUGGCCACCCUCCGCGACGACGUCAUCUUCUUCGUUUACCUGUUCCAGACGUGGAAGUACAAGGUUGAUUACAACCGUGUCAACGAGUUUGGACAGGGUGGCGAUGACGAAGAGGUCGAGGAGAAGGAUGCUAACAAGCCGUUGGCUGCUCAUCCGGGCGGCGAUAAGAGCUUGAAGGUGCCUGAUCAGGAGAAGUUAGAGAAGGUGCAGAAGGAGAAGGCGGAGGCUCAGGCGACGGGGAGUCAGAAGAAGGGCGGUGCGACGAAGAGGAAGUAG